AUGCUGCCCUCCGGAUCAUAUCUCCAGCUUCCGACCGAGACUGGUGACCAUCCGUUGUCGCCUGGGCUCCAAGUGUCUCCCUUGUUGGAUUCCUCGAUCGUGUCGCCGUCGUUGCUUUCGUCGUCCACUUCAAGGUCGCCUUCGGUGAUUUCUUCCCAUUCGCAAGGUGCCAAUAAGCCGAUUGAUUUUGGCUUUCUCUCGGCAGACGGACCGACAAAUACCAAUCUCGGUAGCAGGACUCGGCAUCGAUCUGGCACCCUUCCCUCGCGUUUCAGCUCGAAUCAGCAGCAACAGCAGCAACAGUUGUUUGCGGCUGGAUCUCCGAGUCCGAGUCUAAACCCCAUGGAUGCGUUUUCUUCUCAUCCAAUUGCCCUUUCUGCUCUGUCCACUCCGACAAGACUGAGGUCUUCUUCAUUCCAGAGCUCAAUAUGGAAUGAGCCUCAACAGUCGCCGUUUCACGCAGUUGCUCCUGCGAUACCAGAGUCUUCUGCGUUUCAAAUUCCUCAACUGAACAUCGACUCACCGGCCAGAACCAGGUCAUACUCUACAAACGCGGCGUUAUUCGAUAAACAGAUCCAUCUCCAGCAAUUUGCGUCGCCUUCUACCAUCCAGGAGGAGUACUCCGCGGAAUAUGAUCCACGGCCACGUGCCCAGACGUAUUCUACCAGUCCUUUGAACAACGUUGCCAGUCUCAACUUCAGCAAUAUUGCCGCUCCAAUGGAAACCGUGGGGAUCAUGGAUUACCCUCUUUUGGUAGAUCGGAUUCCUCAGGACAAGGUAACCUUCACAUCUACUUUUCAGGACUCUUCACUGGGUCCCACCAACACGUUGGUGCUGGUGAAUUUACCCAAUAAUGAUCUCGUCACCCCGCUGAACUUCUACAAGAUGCUCGGUCGCUUCGGAAAGUUGACAAGUGUUCGGGUUUUGGUGUGCACUAAUGGUGAUCUGAUAGUCCUGACGGAGUUCGAAAGUAUCGAGAGUGCAAUGCAGUGCAAGGCUUCUUUGAAUCACCAGGAGCUGGUCCCUGGAUUGAGUUGUAUUGUUUCGUUCGCGAGAAUAUUGAGUAUACGUGAUACCCCUUCUCCGGAUUUCACUGCAAAGCAGCAGCAGACUAUUCCAACUCAGCCAAUUCAGCAGCAACAGCAACAACAGCAUCAACAACAACAACCACAGCCUAAGCAACAUACUCACCAGCAACUGCCAACGGAAGACCGGAACGGACUCCCCGGCCAGUAUCUUCGAGACGAUGAAUUCUCUCGCGUUGUAGGCGCUCUUGGAGGAUCUGAACUGGACUAUACACACCUCCAGAGGAUUUUACAGAAUUCUGUGAGGUACGGAAGGGAAAUUCAGAAAGAGGGUCUCGGUCCGUUGCCUGGCCAACUCGGACUUCGUGAGUUUGAUUCUCCUAAACUCCGCGAAAUCAGAAAGGCCAUCGACUCAGAGCAACUUUCUCAGCAAGAGGUUGAAGAGCUGGCAUUGGCAAUGCUGGACGAGCUUCCGGAACUUGCCAGUGACUACCUCGGUAACACCAUUGUUCAAAAGCUGUUUGAUAUCUGUUCCAGUCCUAUCAGAGACAUCAUGCUAAAAUACCUUGCACCUUUUCUUUCCCAGAUGGGUGCACACAAAAACGGGACCUGGGCAGCUCAGAAGAUCAUUUCAACUGCUCAGUCUAAUCGUGAAAUGAUGCUAAUAUCCCGGAAUUUGGCGCCCUACUGUUCAGCUCUUUUCAACGACCAAUACGGCAAUUACGUCGUCCAUUGUGCACUCAAGUUUGGACCUCCAUACUCUGAUUUCAUUAUCGAGUCCAUCAUGGGUGAUUUCAGCAACAUCGCAAAGGGAAGAUUUGGAGCACGUGCUAUCAGAACGUGUCUCGAAAGCACAGACCUCACCAAGUCUAUAUUAGUUGCGGUAUCAGCAUGCAUCGUAUUUCACGCUUCAUCAUUAGUCACCAACUCAAACGGCUCUUUGCUUAUCACUUGGUUGCUGGAUACUUGUUCGCUGCCAAACAGACACCAACUGCUGACUCCGAAGCUUAUUCCCCAGCUUGGUCAGUUGUGCAUCCACAAACUGGCCCAUCUGACUAUUUUGAAGAUACUGAACCAUAGAGGUGAUACAGUUUGCAGGAAUCAGAUUCUUUCGCGGAUCUAUGGUGAUUUGCCUAUAGAAGAGCCUUACGAGUUGGAACCGGCUCCUUUGCUCAAGGAGAUCUUGGCGGACACGAAUCACGGAACUACUUUCAUCUACAAAACUUUGAGCAUUCCCCUUUUGCCUUCAACAGUGCGCAACUUCAUGUUGGAUCAAAUUAGACUGGCCUUGAGCGAGCUCAAUGCCAGCUCUCAGCAGGGCUACAAACGUUUGAUGGAGGAAGUUUCAUUUUCCUCUUCUAAAGAGUCUCGGCACCAGAGAGUCCAUUCUAAGAAGCCAAGAGGUAAUCGGAAUGGGCACUCCAACUCUAUGUUCUUCCCUGGCCAGAACCUAAAUGGAAACAGCACAAUUGGUACCGGGAUCGAACCUCCGGUGCUAGAUUACAACUUUGGGAAUCCCCAGUAUGAUAGCUUUCGUGUUGUGCCUCAGGUUUCGCAACAACAAGCCUCAGACUUACUCAGACAGAUGGAGCAGUUGAAUCUGAGCAAGUCGUUGCCCCAACAGAGUCAAUUCUCAUACGACCAGCAAUAUCAUCCCGGAUACCACCAGAGGGCACCACCUGAGCAGAUUAACCAACAGUAUUUCAUCAACAAUAAUAGGAGAGACGAGGAAGUAUACUAUGGGUAA